GCAUUGUUCUAGGUUCUGACGAAGCUAUGUGAAAGCGAACCUCGCGUUAUGGAAGUUUUCUAUAAGUCUGCUUUCUUGUCAUGCAUUGAAGAUCGAAAACAUCAUCGAAGAAAUGGCGAGUCAAUCGCUACAAUCCGUGAUCAUGCACAUAUCCUUGUUGAUUUUAUUGAAUCUAUAAUCAAACUUAUGUUUGAAGGAAGUGUGGAAGGAGUAACUUACAACCCACAAAGCAUAGGCGCCUCGCAUUGUCGACUUGCACCUCUCGGUUUUGAACGACAGAUGUGGCACGUAUUUGGCGAAUGCUUUGCCGAGGUGAUGUUCAACCAGGAAUGUGUUCGAGCCUUCCCACAUGCUCCAUCUGCCUGGUCGCUGCUCAGUGUCGCUAUGACUGAUAAAAUGUUCGAUGCUGGAAAACCACAUAAGAAGUCCCUUGCCGUUCGACGACCUCCUCCCAUGAGACGACCACCUCCGAUGGCGAUUUCCGGGCCGGAAUGGAAGUCAGCGGAAUGGAAGUCGAAAAAAUGGAAGCCAGAACACUAUGAAAUGGCUUUUCCAUUACUGCUCUUCAGAGACGAUAGCGAUGACGACUAUGAAGAAUUCUUUACUGCACGAGAAAACUUUGAACGGGACAUCCUCUCUGGGUGGGAGGAACCUCGGCAUCACGGUCGAAGCAAAUCGAGGACCCGGACUGUUUCGACGGAUACCCGAGUUGUCGUCAAAGAACCGCGCUCGAAAUCAGCCGGUCGUGACAACUCCAAAUGUAUUUGGCGCUCAAAAUCUGCAGGCCUUUUAGAAUCGCCGAGAACAACUAUUGUAUAA